GUUGACGGUCGUAUAAGUGUUAUCAGCUGCCGCUAACGCAAAGUUGGCACAAAAUACGUGGCUUUUUAUCCGUAUUUUUGCGGUAAUUCAAAAAGUUAUGAUCUACCAUAGAUAGCCAUUCGUUUAAUUGACAUAACUAGAUAACAAUAUGUUGAUCCUAUUGCUGCAAGUGGGCUGCUAUCUGUUGGCCGGUGUUGGUGCAGCUGCCUUGUUGGCAAUAUUGGUUGCGUUGUACAAAUCCAAACCUUAUCCUCUUAUAACGCGCCACAAGGACGAGAAAUUCUUUUUGGAUACUGACACAAUUAAAACUGUUGAAUUUCCCAGUUUGGAUGACUCGCCCACCUUGGAGCUGAGUGUCAUUGUGCCGGCUUACAAUGAGGAGCAGCGAUUGCCCGCCAUGCUAGACGAGUGCAUGGCAUAUCUAGCACAGAAGACGGAAAAGCAGCUGGAUUUCAGCUACGAGGUAAUUGUGGUUAGCGAUGGCAGCAGUGAUUCAACGGUCUCGGUAGCUCUAGAAUACUCAAAGAAAUAUGGUGCAAAUAAGUUUCGUGUGCUGGAGCUGGUGGAGAAUCGUGGCAAGGGUGGAGCCGUGCGGCUAGGCAUGCUAAGUGCACGUGGUCGACAGCUGCUUUUUGCGGAUGCCGACGGUGCAACCAAAUUUGAAGACUAUGAGAAACUAGCUGAGGCCUUGGCUAGCCUAGCUCCGGAGUGGAGGCACGAUGGUAUAGCCAUUGGUUCUAGAGCUCACCUAGAAGAUGAGUCAAUUGCCAAGCGCAGCUUUUUUCGUACAAUAUUGAUGCAUGGCUUCCAUACGCUUGUCUGGAUAUUUGCGGUGCGAUCUGUGCGGGACACCCAGUGCGGAUUUAAGCUAUUCACCCGUGCCACAGCCCGCAAACUGUUCAAUAGCUUGCACGUCGAACGCUGGGCAUUCGAUGUGGAGCUGCUCUACCUGGCUGAACGUCUCCAGUUGCCCAUGACGGAGGUUGCGGUACGGUGGACAGAAAUUGAUGGCUCGAAAUUAUCGCCUUUUUGGUCGUGGCUGCAAAUGGGCAUCGAUUUAUUUAUGAUCUGGCUGCGAUACAUGGUGGGCGCUUGGCGUAUUGUCGCUAGCGAGAAGAAGAAGAACUAGGUGUUAAAAUAUCGAAAUAAUUGCUAAGUGCGCGCAUUUAAAUUGUAAUUGUUUUUGUUCUCUACUAACUUAAACU